CAAUGGUCCCAUGUCCGAGGGGCCCCGGGGGGCAUGUACUACCAGCAAUUUCCGGCCCCCAUGUACUACAACCCCAGUCCCCCCAUCCCUCCCAUGGACAAGGGGACUCUUCAGGACUGCAUCCGUAAACAAAUAGAAUACUACUUUAGUGACGAAAAUCUUCAGAAGGAUUUCUUUCUGCGACGACAGAUGACCCACGAGGGCUACGUUCACCUGACCGUGAUUGGAAGGUUCAACAGAGUGCGGGCUCUCACUCAGGACCCG